GGAGGAGCACAGAUGACCAAGAUGAGGAAAUCAGGAUCUACUUCUCUCUGAGACGGAGGCGCGGCUGGGUUUAUCCCACCAGCACGCUGCACGUCGCCCACUCCUGACCAGAUCAAAGAUGGAGUCUGAACCAGACCGGCCAGCUUUAUCAGCUCCAUCCGCAGAGGAUGAGCUCAGCAGGGUACGGUGCAGAUUUGUUUGGAGGGUUUCAAAAGAAAUCGUCACACAGCUCCUGGAGGCUCUGGUAACGGACCGUGUCCUGAAUGAUCUGGAGAAAGCAUCAAUAGUGGAGGGGAACUCGGUCACAGCAGAUAAGGCUCGUGACUUGAUUGACACAGUAAAGAAAAAAGGAGGAACUGCCUCCAGGAUAAUGAUCAGACAUCUUCAGACCAUAGAUCCGACUCUCUCCUCUGAGCUGCAUUUGUCCUUUGAGCCAUCUGCGCAGCCAGAGACUCUUCAGGCCUGUCACCUCAAACUCAAGUCAAACCUGAAACAGAAGUUCCAGUGUGUGUUUGAGGGGAUCCCUAAAGCAGGAAACCCAACCCUUUUGAAUGACAUCUACACAGAGCUCUACAUCACAGAGGGAGAGACUGCAGAGGUCAAUGAUGAACACGAGGUCAGACAGAUUGAAACAGCAUCCAGGAAACCAGACAGACAGACAGAAACAACAAUCAGACAAGAAGACAUCUUUAAACUCCCACCUGGAAGAAAAGCACCAGUAAGAACAGUUCUGACAAUGGGAGUGGCUGGCAUUGGGAAAACAGUCCUAACACAGAAGUUCACUCUGGACUGGGCUGAAGACAAAGCCAACCAGGACAUCCAGUUCAUAUUUCCAUUCACUUUCAGAGAGCUGAAUCUGCUGAAAGAGGAAAAGUUCAGCUUGGUGGAACUUGUUCAUCACUUCUUUACUGAAACCAAAGAAGCAGGAAUCUACAGCUUUGAAGACUUCCAGGUCGUGUUCAUCUUUGAUGGUCUGGAUGAGUGUCGACCUCCUCUCAACUUCAACAAAACUACAAUCCUGACUGACCUUAGAAAGUCCACCUCAGUGGAUGUGCUGCUGAUAAACCUCAUCAGAGGGAAACUGCUUCCCUCUGCUCGCCUCUGGAUAACCACACGACCUGCAGCAGCCAAUCAGAUCCCUCCUGACUGUGUUGGCAUGGUGACAGAGGUCAGAGGGUUCACUGACCCACAGAAGGAGGAGUACUUCAGGAAGAGAUUCAGAGAUGAGGAGCAGGCCAGCAGCAUCAUCUCCCACAUCAAGACAUCACGAAGCCUCCACAUCAUGUGCCACAUCCCAGUCUUCUGCUGGAUCACUGCUACAGUUCUGGAGUUUGUCAUGAAGAACAAAGAGAGCGAAGAUCUGCCUAAGACUCUCACAGAGCUCUACAUACGCCUUGUGCUAUUUCACCUAAAAACAAAGAACAUCAAGUGUGAUAAAGCCACAGAUCCACACUGGAGUCCAGAGAGCAGGAAGAUGAUCGAGUCUCUGGGAAAACUGGCUUUUGAUCAGCUGCAGAAAGGAAACCUGAUCUUCUAUGAAUCAGACCUGACAGAGUGUGGCAUCGAUAUCAGAGCAGCCUCAGUGUACUCAGGAGUGUUCACACAGAUCUUUAAAGCUGAUGAGUAUGACAUGUUUUCAGAAACGGUCUACUGCUUUGUCCAUCUGAGCAUUCAGGAGUUUCUGGCUGCAGUCUACAUGUUCCACUGUUUCACCAACAGAAAGACAGAGGUGCUGGAAGAGUUCCUGGGAAAAGACUGGGAACAUAAAACAGAGGUGCUGGAGAACUUUGUGGGGAAAGACUGUAAGGAUUAUCUAUUUGAUUCUUUAUCUGAUGUUGAUGAUGAUGAUGAUGAUGAUGAUGAUGAUGAUGAAGUUUCAUCCGAGUGUCUGUUUCUCAAGAGAGUCAUGGAGAAAUCCCUCCAGAGUAAAAAUGGCCACCUGGACCUGUUUGUUCGCUUCCUUCAUGGCCUCUGUCUGGAGUCCAACCAGAGACUCUUAGGAGGUCUGCUGGGUCAGACAGAGAGCAGUCCAGAAACCAUCCAGAGAGUCAUUAAGAGCCUGAAGAAGAUGAACAGUGAUAAAAUCUCUCCUGACAGAAGCAUCAACAUCUUCCACUGUCUGAUGGAGAUGAACGACCUCUCAGUACAUAAGGAGAUCCAAGAGUUCCUCAAAUCAGAGAACAGAUCAAAGAGACUCUCUGAGAUCCAGUGCUCAGCUCUGGCCUUCAUGCUGCAGAUGUCAGAGGAGGUUCUGGAUGAGUUGGACCUAAAGAAGUACAACACAUCGGUGGAAGGACAACGCAGAUUAAUUCCAGCUGUGAGGAACUGCAGAAAGGCUCGGUUAAGGCGGUGUGGACUGUCAGAGUCUCACUUUCAAUGUGUGACCUCAGCUCUGAAAUCCAACACCUCCAGUCUGAUUCAGCUGGACCUGAGUGGAAACAUCCUGGAUGGCUCAGGACUGAAACUUUUGUGUGCUGGACUGAAGAGUCCAAACUGUAAACUGGAUGCUCUGAGAUUGGAGUUCUGUGGUUUGUCCGAGAUCAGCUCUUUGGGCUCAGCUCUGAAAUCCAACCCCUCCCAUCUGAAACAUCUGGACCUGACCGGAAAUGAGCUGCAGGACUCAGGAGUGAAGCAGCUGUGCAGUUUUCUGGAGAGUCCACAUUGUACACUGGAGUAUCUGAGUUUAGAAGACUGUACAUUGUCAGAAAUCAGCUGUCUGGUCUCAGCACUGAAGUCCAACCCCUCCCAUUUAAAACAUCUGGACCUGAGCCGCAACAAGCUGCACGAUUCAGGAGUGAAUGCGGUGUGUGGUUUUCUGGAGAAUCCACAAUGUGGACUUAAAACUUUGGGAUUUGAUUACUGUGGUUUGUCAGACAUCAGCUCUUUGGUCUCAGCACUGAAGUCCAAACCCAGUCACCUGAGAGAGCUGGACCUCAGUAACAACAACCUGCAGGAUUCAGGAGUGAAGCAGCUGUGUGGUUUUCUGGAGAGUCCAGGAUGUAAACUUGAAACUCUGAGAUUGUUGAGCUGUGGUUUGUCAAAGAUCAGCUGUAAUUAUCUGGCUGCAGCUCUGAAGUCCAACCCUUCCCAUCUGAGAGAGCUGGACCUGUGCUACAAUGACCUGCAGAAUCCAGAUCUGUCUGAGCUGGUUGAUCUUCAGGAGAGUCUAGACUACAGACUGGAAACUCUGGAGUGGGGGUAUCCAUAGACUGGCUGACUGAGAGAAGAUGAGCUGUGUCCUGGUGAUCCAGAGGUUGAAACAGCAGCAGCUUGUGUUUAGAGCCCUGUUAUAGUGAUGUGUCCUGACAUGGACCCUGUCUCUCACCACAGCUCCAGCCCCAAACAAUGAACUAGUGAA